AUGGUAGUACCCAUCCAGCGAAUACUUACCGGUCUGUGGAUGUCGAAUUCCCUCACCAGCAGACAGUGAAGCAGCACGCUGGGAGAAGCCGCCAUCGCACCUCAACCGCACAAGCCCUACAGAACGGAUGCCCGUGCCGCAUCCGCUCCCGCGCCUCCACUAUUUCCCCGAAUUCGCCCCUCAGAUCCGCCAUUGCUGCGUGCCCCUCCUCAUCAGCCCCAGCGCUCCGCCCCCUCACCCUCGUCGCGCCGUGCGUCGUUGCGGUGACCGCAUCGUCGCGUCAUGGAUCCGCCUCAGCCGCUCCACCCUCGCUUCCGUCUCUCCCGCGCCCUCUCUCCUCUCAUGUCGCUCUUCAUACUGACACGUCAGCGUGCUGAGCUGGCAGCAUUCUUCCACGUGGGCGUGAACACGUUCACGGAUCGCGAGUGGGGCACGGGCGGCGAGAGCCCCUCGCUCUUCAACCCCGCGGCGCUCAACGCCACGCAGUGGGUGGCGACGGUGAAGGACGCAGGCUUUAAGCUGGUGGUGCUGACAGCCAAGCACCACGACGGUUUCUGCCUGUGGCCCUCCGCCCUCACCAGCCACUCCGUGCGCUCCGCGCCCUGGAAGGCCGGCCGGGGAGACGUUGUGGCUGACGUGGCAGCAGCGGCCCGGGCGGCGGGGGUGGGGAUGGGGCUGUACCUGUCGCCGUGGGACCGGCACGAGGCAGCGUACGAGGCGGGCGCGGAGGCGUACAACGCGUUCUAUGAGGGGCAGCUGCGGGAGCUGCUCACCAGCUAUGGCCCCAUCGCAGAAGUCUGGCUGGAUGGCGCCAAGGGCGACGACCGCCCCAUGGCGUACCACACGGUCACGUGGCAGGCGCUCAUUCGCCAGCUGCAGCCGGCGCCGCUGUGUUCUCAGCGCAGGGCCCCGACCUGCGGUGGACCGGCAACGAGCGUGGCGAGGCGGGCAGCACGUGCUGGGGCACGGUGAACGGCAGUGAGCUGACGCUGGAGGGGUGGGACACAGACUACCUCAACCACGGUGACGUGGCAGGUGUGGAUUGGAUCCCGCCCGAGUGCGACGUGUCCAUCCGCCCCGGGUGGUUCUGGCACCCCUUGGAGCGCCCCAAGCCGCUCGCCCACCUGCUGGACCUCUACUUGGCGUCAGUGGGGCGCGGGUGCUGCCUGCUGCUCAACAUCCCCCCCAACACCACGGGGCUGCUGCACGCAGAGGACGUGCAGCGAGUGGGCGAGUUUGGGCGUGCGGUGCGGGGGCUGUUCCAGGAGGAGCGGAGGAUGGGGUGCUCUCAGCGGUUCUGGAGUUUGACCUCGGGCAGGUGAAAAGUUUCCAUGUGGCUCGCCUUGAAGAGCCGGUCGCAUACGGGCAGAGAAUAAAAGCAUUUUCCGUAGAGUUUUUGGAUGAUGGUACUGAUGUGGAUGCUGAUGCAGCUGUAAGUGUGCCUGCGUUUGAGUCACAACUUUCUAUUGGCAGCAGCAGCGCUGCUACUGCAAGCACAGUGCGCCACAUGGCUCUGCAUGUGGUGCAACUGGUGGGGCGACCUGUGGGGCAGUGGUGGGGGCAGGGAUGGGGCCAGAGGUGGGUCCUUGACUUCAUGCUUCGCCUAACGAACCAGAGAGCGGAAGCGUCUCACAAUCCCCGUGCCCCUGCGAGUGUGAGGCGGACUAUGCAGGAUGUGGGGGGAGUGUGGAGGGUGGUAGUGAACGGGACAACGGUGGGAAGGAAGAGGCUGGCUCGGUUUGAAGCCGUGAGAGCAAGGCGUGUGAGGGUAGUGAUUCACGACGCCAGGGCUGCUCCGCUGCUCUCUUUCUUUGCGAUCUAUAGGAGCGGUGAUGGGAGUCCUGAAUAAUAUGUUGUUCACGGGUAAAGUCUGUCGUAACGAGAGAAUUUAGGCUAGGUAGGAAUAGGUGAAGCCAUGAAUAUGGCGUGAGAUCUAGAUCUAGGAGGUAGGCGAGAAUGUUGAGAGAAAAGAGAACUAGGAAAGAAGAGAGAGGGAUACAAGGAGGGGUGUUGUACCUUCUACAGUAAUGUUCAGUAACAUCUACCAAGCCUACAUUUAUAUAAUA